UUUUUAAUCGGGUUCGGUAUUCUUUUUCUCUUUCAUCAUUGAUUGAACAGCGUGAUACGAUCUUGAUCAUUCGCAGCACUUUGCCGGUGUCCUCAUUACAAAAAUCUUACAAAUUAUAUUGCACAAGAAAUACACAAUCCAAGCAGCAACAUGGCAGAGCUAAGAUUAACAAAGCCAGCACCAGAGUUCAAAGGGCAGGCCGUGGUUGAUGGAGAGUUUAAGGAUAUAUCCCUGGCAAACUACAAAGGAAAAUACCUUGUUUUGUUCUUCUACCCACUAGAUUUCACAUUUGUAUGUCCAACAGAAAUUAUAGCUUUCAGUGACAGGGUGGAUGAGUUUAAGGCAAUCAACUGUGAAGUGGUGGCCUGCUCCACGGAUAGUGUAUUCUCACAUUUAGCAUGGGUUAAUACUCCAAGAAAGCAGGGGGGAUUAGGAUCCAUGAAGAUUCCAUUACUGGCUGACAAAACUCUAGAAAUCAGCAAAGCAUAUGGUGUACUAAAGGAGGAUGAAGGAAUUUCAUUUAGGGGAUUGUUCAUUAUUGAUGAUAAAGGAAAUUUGCGUCAGAUAACGAUGAAUGAUCUACCGGUGGGAAGAUCUGUUGAUGAGACUCUGAGACUUGUGCAAGCCUUCCAGUUCACUGACAAAUUUGGAGAAGUAUGCCCAGCUGGUUGGAAACCUGGAGCAGAUACAAUCCGUCCCAAUGUAAAGGAAAGCCAGAAGUAUUUCCAGAAGCAGAAGUAGAAAAAUUUGAAAUCACUGACUACUGUCAUACAUCUCUCCACCAUGUUAGAUACAGCUGGAUUUUUUGUACUCCAUGGCUUGCAAAUUUUACUGUUGAAGUUUCAGUGUAUAUUAUUUAAGCCAUUUUUUUUUCUUUUUUUCUUUUUUUUUUUUACUUUUGAGAUUUGUUGUACUUUUUAAACUAAUAAUUUUUUUUCUCAAUAGAAUGAGGGCUUACUGAUUGACACUCAUUGAAAGUAGUUCCUUUAGAAUAUGAAAGAUAUUACAUUGUUCUACUUUGCAAUAAAUUUUUUUUAAAGAUA